AUGACCCCUGUUAGGCCUCCAGGACCAGAACCAAGGUCAGAUCCAGGACCAGAGGCUGCACGACGACCGGCACCAGAAUCAGGACCACCAAUCAGGAGCAGCCCAAUCCACCAUGUCAGAGUCCAUCAGAAGAAAAAGCUCCAGCAGACAGCUCCUGCAGAACCUCAUCAGUUUGACGCCCAGCGGAGCCAGGAGGAUGCUGAGGGAGGUGGAGAGGGAGCGAAGGAGGAGAGCCAGGGGAGACGCAGAGAGGAGAGUUAUGAGCCCCUCCUGGCCAGAGCCUCCCAACACAACCACCCGGCACACAACACGGAGCUGAACGAGGAGCUGGAGCCCAGAUGCUGCCUGGUUCUGGAGGAGGACGAGGGCUUCAGCGACUGGAGUCACAGGUUGGAGAAUCGUACUGAGCAGGAGGUGCAGGACAACUGCAGGACCCGGGUGCAGAGACCUUCAACACAACAGUGGAAACCAGAGCCCAAAGAGAAGAAACAGCAGGAGGGUGAAGAGGAGGAGGGAUGUGAGCCAGAACGAAGCAGUUGGUCACAGGAAGCUUCAACGACACCUCCAGAGAAGACUUCCAGCAGCAGAAAGGAAAUCAGGGACGUCAUACAGCUCAACGUCUUCCUGUCCGCAGGACGCCAGGGCUGCAGCACGCCACAGGCCAACCAGCAGACAGGACUUCCUACCUAGUGGCCGGGACAAUGAGGCCACGUGGAGUGGCCUGCAGGGUGGAUGGGGAGGUGCAGCAGGAGGAGCAGGAGGAGCAGGAGGAGGAGGGCCAGGCUGCUCUGCAGAGGGAGUGGAGGCCAGCAGAAACCCGCAGAGCCCAGAGAGAUAAGAUGAUCAGGAGGAAGAAGAACUGAGCUUCACACAUGAAGAGAAGGAAAGAUCUCCACCUCAGGAUGGAGGGGAGACACAGGGAGGAGGAGGAAGAGGAGGAGCACAACAUACCAG